CGCGUAAAAGAGAACAGGUGGUGUCGGAGUUCGGCGUCGGCGGGGGCGGUAGCUCUGCGUGCAUAAGGAGACGAGGGGCGAAGUCUUGUUAUCACUAUCUUCUAAUCUGCGAGAGAGAAAGAUGCGGAAGAGUCAUGAUAUGAAGGUUAGGCCUUGGGACUCUGAGCAGUGAUUGUAAGACGGGGGGGAGGACGGGAAAACAGGUGUUUUCUUCCUUGCUGGGUUUCAUGAUAUCUUUUGUAUGAUCAGAAUAAACGCUGCUUCUGUUCAUCACGUGUUAGAGGCUUCGGCACCAAGGCGCGCAGCCAUCCCUUCAGAGUUCAAGUCAACUGCUGGCCGCGAGGGCGCCGAGCACAGCAGGAUGCUGACAGGAACACCAGAUUCAGUCGUAGAGUAGCUAGAGAAACAACUGAGCCUAGCAAGAACCACGUGAGACAGACUAGCAAAGGAACUCCAGUACCCCAGCGGGCGGUCCUGUACAGGGUACGUGCACGAUGGACACCGGGAUUUACGGCCAAUGGGACUGAAUUCCACGGGAGGGGUGGGCAGGAUGCAAGACGAAAGAACAACCCGGGUCCGAUUAGGGAUCUCGGAUAUCGUUGCAUAGCAUAUUCCGAUGGAAGAUUCCCAGUAGGCGAGCUACCGAUGCCUACGCGAGGCAGGCCAGAAAGGACCUUCCUACCCAGCUUUGAAUGAGCGCGAGAGAGAUUUCUUACGUAGAAACGUUGAGGAUGCAUGAGUAUCGGGUUGCAUAG